AUGCCCAAUGGGCUAUGCAAGGCUCAGGGACAUAGCCUUUGUGACUAUAAGGAAGUGCAACCAAUAUAUGCACCGGUUUUCUAUCUCAACCCAGUGCUCCCCCCUCUGCUUGAUGUGCUGUUCCCUGAGAGGAACCCAUUUCAUUUACUGUCAAGAUUUCUCCUAGCACCAAGUGAUGCUAUGUGGGGCUCAAUUAGCUCCCACUUGGACAUCCACUCCAGCAGAAGAAUUGGAGUCCAAGUAAGGGAAUUGAAGACAAGAAGGUACAUGUCAGAGUAUGAUGAGAAUGUUCUGCAUUGCAUCAAGAGAAAGGGAGGUUUUCUUCUAAAGAGGUUACGAAAGCGGAUUCCUCCCGAGGAGUAUCCGGCGAUCUAUGUGGCAACGUUGGUGGGGCGCCAUUUGGAGGAGAUGAAUUCCUCCAUGAGGGUGUUGAUGGAGGAAACAGGGAAGGAGUUUAGGCUGAACUUUCAGAAAUUGGAUGGGAGGGAAGUGCAUGGCAUGAAGCACCAAGCAGAGGCCUUGGUUGAUAUGUGGAUGUUGAAUAAGAGGGCAGGUAAAGGCUAUUUCAUAGGGCUCGGGGUGGAGCCAUGCUUUCAUGCUGCACCGAAGAGACUUUCUUGUGUCCAAGAGGAGCCUGUGGCCUUUAGCCUGCAGGACAUGGCUAACAGAACUUCUAAGUUGAAGGUCUGCGUCGAUCGUGAAUCGGACUGGACAGUGGUACCUCGCAGAUCUUCUCUAUUUCAAGCAUCAGAGAAUUAG